AUGUACCAGCCGCUGCUUGAACUGUCCUCUGGGGCCGCCGCCGCAUUUGUCGUUGGGGACCGUCUGCUUGGUGAGUCUGCGGGGUCGUUGUACGGCAGCGGCCACCGUGCUUCUUUUGAGGCGCAGGGCGGCGCGGUGUACCCGGUGUGGACACUCGCAAAUAGAAACGUCCUUGGACGUGGCGUCCAGCGUGCAUCGUCCUCGCACUUGUCGCUGCCGUUGUGGAGGCGGCAACAGGUGUGCAAGGCGGUGCGGUGGCUGCUGUAUCCUUUUGUGUCAGCAGUGCCGCUGCUGCGCCUGUUGUUCCCGUUUGCAGUGCCCGCCUCAGCUGAAUGUGCCCCGCGUCUGCUGAGCGCUGCCGACUUCCCGGAGUGCGUCACUGCCGUGGCGUUCCACCCCGACCGCAUGGUGUUGGCGGCCGCCGUUGACGAGGGUGCCGGCUGCUCGAGGGUAGUCGUGUACGACAUCGCGGAGGGGAAAGAGACGUGCGUUUUAACCCACGCCUUUCAGCGCAACGUGCGCUGCGUCGCGUGGAAGCCACACUCGCGUGACGUGCUUGCGGUGGGCUGCGACGGUGGGGCACUGGUGUGGUCCCUCUCCUUCGGCGUCUCCCCUGCAGCCACCAUCUACGACGGCGGGUGCGGCAGCAGUAGAAACGGCGCGGCAGGCGCGGGCGAGGCGGAGGCGGAGGCGGUGGACCGCACGGCGCACUGCUUGUUCUACCGUUGCACUCCGCAUGUGCCGACGACGUGCCUCGGCUUUUCGUGCCGCGACGGGCGCUACUUGGCGUGCGGAAGCAUGGAGCACAUCGCGUUGCACUUUCACGACAUUCGCCUGCCGCCGUCCAAUUCGUCUCUUAGAACAAACGUGUCGGUGGAGGGGGCCACGGAGGACGUCCUGUUUGCCGACGACGACACGUUUGCUGUGAAGCUCGUCUGCGGGGCGUGCGCCGUCGUGAUGAUCGCCUUCCCCAGCUGUGUCGAGACCGUCGUUCCCACCGCGGCGCCGGUGCUGCGGAUGGCGAAGGCGCGGGCUCUUGGCCCAAACCACUUCUUUCUCCACUGCGCGCGGCUAGAGGGGGUCGCGGUGGCGCACGUCAACCCGUUCGUCGGCGUCCAGGUUAUCGCCCUCGUGUCGACGGGGGUGGCCGGCGGGAUCGGCGGCGGCGUGCGGCGCAUGGCGUGCAGCGGCAGGCGCCUGUACAUUGCACUCGAAACGGGCCAUCUGCUCGUGUGCCACUAUGGCCGCCGCGGCGGCGCCUGCGCCAUCAUCCCGGUGGGCGUGGCAGAGCUCGACGCGGCGCACCUGGCGGUUUUUGACGGCUUUCCUCGGGGCUCAUUGUUGGCGGCGGUGGAGGCGUCGGACCAGUCAGUGGUGUUUGCACCAUCAUACCACGCAUAG